ACUCUGUUGGGAAAAGUCGGUCAAGAUUGUUGUGAUAGAAGGCGCAUUUGACACCAAUUUAGCCGCUUUUGUAUAGUAUUGUACUACGUUACACACUUUUGCAUAUAGGCUUUUGAUAUCUUGAAUAUCCGUGUCGUCUGGUGGCUGAUGACUGUUGCUGUUUACCGCCUGACAAACCCGUGGAUGGGGUUUUUAUUUCCUGUCCUUGAACUUUUGGACAUUGGCAGAUUGUUGUGUGGACACCAGAAUGAUACCGGCUCAGCGAACAAUACUGAUUGGCCAUCGAUCACAUGUGCAUGACCCAAUUUCAGUAAUUCUUUAGCUUAAAAAUUUGCAGUUUAUUGGACAUCGUUAAGACGAGGUGAAGGACGAGAGUGUGCAAUGUCUUGUAGACGGUCAGUAUACUCCCGCGAGCAUGGAUCAAGUGUUACUGGAUGAUAGGACUGGACGGAGGACUCGCCAAUCAUCGCCUCACAUGACACAGUCCAGCUGGCCACACUAGCAGGAUGGCUACUGAGUAUUGUCGCAGAAUGCUGCGAAUCUGCAUAGCUCAGCUGUGUCAGAAUCUAGGAUGGAAUGCAACACAGUCGUCUCCUCUUGAGUUGCUCACCGAUGUCUUAGAGCGCUACCUUAUAGACCUUGGCAAGAUAUCUCACCGCUACUCGGAGCAGUUUGGGAGAACUGAGCCAAAUCUGGAUGAUCUGGCCUUGACAUUCCGCCACUAUGGUAUUCAGCUGGGAGAACUCGAGGACUACAUCCGCCAUGUUGAGCCAGUGGCGUUUGCACGAGAGGUGGUGUCAUUUCCUGCCCGGAAACGUAAUAACCUCGGAUUCCCUAAUCCGCGAAGUCGGGAGUUACUACAACAUCGAGAAGAGCAUGUACAUGACCACCUCCCCUAUAUGUACCCAGGCAUGGAGGAUGAGGUGGAAGAGGAACCCUCCCUGCCCACACCCUGCCAGCUACCUCAGGAAUCUGUGUCCCCACUGGCAAUCAGCCCCACCCCCACUGACAAGCGUCCCCUGUCCAACUCGGCCGAGGGACCCCCACCAAAGAGACCCAGGUUGACGAAUCUGCCGGAGGAGGCUGGCCACUCCCAGUACGAGAUGAAGAGCGUGCUGAUGAACCCGAGCGGCGUGCUCACCCCGACCAGGCAGGGCAAGCUGCCCGACGCCCGCACUCCGCCCACGUUCAGACAAGCCCUGCAGUUCAAGGAGGACAAGGAGAAGGGGCGAGAAAACAAGGACCAGCUUCCGAAACUUGCAGACAAACGUGAUCGCCAAGAUGGGGGCGCAGAUAACAUCAACAAGUCCAACAACUGUAUGGAGAAAGUGGCACCAAAGAAAAAAAUGCUGAAGCAGUAUAAACAAAUGGCAGCGGAUGAUGCCGCGUCGGGGAUGCCGCGGUCGCCGAAGGUGGGGAAGCUGGCCCGGCCCCCCAAACAGGUGUCCCCCCUUGUGACGAAGAACACAAAACCCAAGAACAAGCUGAAAUCCAAGGAUAAGCUGAAUGUGAAGAAGAGUGACAGCAGUGGGGGACCGAGUGGGGGUGGGGCGGGCACUCAAGGGGAGAGUUGUCUCAAGGACUUGCUUCUCUCAUCCAAAUUAGACUUGCACAAAGGAGAGAAAGCCAAACUUAGUUCACCCAAACUUUCAUCCCCCAAAACCAAAUCAGAUUCUAAACACAAGCACAAAGAAAAGAAAUCCCGGGUUGUUGAUAAGACUCCGAGGGCAGAACCAGAAGCCCAAUCUAGACAGCAGUCCGUCGGUGCAGACGGAGCCCAGUCGAAAACGGAGACUGGUUCUUCGUCACGACUCCAACCCUCCCUAGAGGAGGAGUUGUCCAACAACUCGCGUGAUGACUCCCCCCAGCGGUUGGUAAUCGCGGAGGGGGAGGUCCGUGUUAAGAACACGAAGGAGGCCCGGCUGGCCCGGCUGGCUCUCAUUGACGAUAGUAUUGAAAGUGUGAUCCGAGACUCCCAGUCCCACAAGGACAAACCUGACACCUUCACCUUCAGUGAGGAGGUGGCAGUGGAUGUGUCACCCAAGAUUGUGAAAGGGAAAAAGAAAGACAAAGUGAAAUCAGGUAAAGAUUCUGAUAAACAGAAAAAGAAGGAAAAGAAAGAGAAAUCAGACUCUCAGUCAAUUGACGAAAGUAUAGACUCUGUGAUACGACAGUCGUCAGAGGAAACGGAGUUGGUGGCUCCACCAUCUGUCACUAGUGUUGAGGAAGUGGUGAAGCGUGUGGUGGAGGAGUUUUCUCCCCCUGUUAGAGAAGUGCCACCCGUGUUGUCACAGGUACAAGGCAACAAGAAAGUCAAAGAAAAAUCAGAAAAAAAACAAAAGAAAAAAGGGGUGAAGAAAGAUAAAAUGGGUUCUACAAAAGAUAAACUAAAGGACAAAUUGAAAGUCAAAACAGAAAAACUAGACUUGUUCGAACCUGACAAGAAACCCUCAGUGCUAGAUAAGUUUUCAGCCAAGGAGUACAGUGUGUAUGACUUCCCGGAAAGUCCGCCAUCGUUCCCACCUCAACCCAAGAAAGCCACGCCCAAGUCAGGCACCUCCCCUAAACGCGCCCCACAUCCUCCAGUUGCGCCUCCACCCACACCCAUGUCCCUGCCCCCUCCUCCACCCCCUGCCCCACCUGUAGUGCCCCCUCCUCCACCUCCUGCCCCCCGAGAGGAGCGCCCCCUGCCUACAGACACUGAUCAGCCACCUCUCAUGACUCUCAAGAUUGAUCUCAAACACAAGCAGAAGGACAAGGAGAGAUCCAAGGACAAGGAUCACAAGAAGGAGAAGAAGGAGAAGAAAAAAGACAAAGAGAAGAAGAAGAAGAACAAAGAUAAGGACAAGGAGAAGUCUCGGGACAAGACUCGGUGGAAGGAGGACCGCCACAAGGAGGACAAGGUAGGAUGGACACCGGAUGGUCCGAGCAGUGCACCCACAGGUGGUCUAGUGGCUCCCAUCAAGCUGAACAUCAAGUUUGGUGGCCUGUCUGCUGCAACCAGCACUGUCGUCACGGAAACCAAGACAGCCUCACCAAAGACUGAGACUGUUCUGGAUUCUCCUAAGACCUCACGACCGGAGCCCCUACUGUCCCCCAAACGGGAUAUCCCCAAACUAGUUAUCAAACCAAUUCGUCGGGAGUCUUUAGAAGCCAAGUCCAAGCUAGGAGCAGCAUCACGAUCACCAGCCAUUAUGUCUCCAGCUAAACCUCCUACCCCGCCCCCACAGCCACCCCCCAAACCCCAAUCCCCUCCCCCUCCUCCAAAGAUCAAAACUCCACCUCGAUCUCCACCCCCACCCCCUUCACCUCCAAAACCCAAAACCCCACCCCCAAAAUCUCCAACUCCUUCGCCUCCACCCCCACCCUCCCCCUCACCACCUCCUCCCCCAGUCCCCAAAUCACCCCCUCCCCCAUUACCCUCACCGUCUCCUCCCCCAAGGUCACCCACACCUGAGAAACUUCUCACACCCUCCCCUGAGCCAAAGGUACGUUCACCUUUGAGUUCCCCAAUUCACAAAUCUCCAACCCCAGUAUCCCGCUCCCCAUCACCGAAGUCCCCCCAUCCCGUUCAACUUUUCCCCCCACCCCCACGGAGCCCCUCCCCGCCACGUGUUCAUUCAGUGAAGUCCUCUCCCCAACACUCUCCCUCCUCCCCCAAGCUUCAGAUGGAUAUUGACUCUGAGUCGGAGAAGGAUCAAGAUCCUGAGCCUAAACCCAAACCAGCUAAAUCAUCUCCAAAGGGAAAAGGAGAAACAAAGCCUUCACCAAAGGGGAAGCGAGGUCGAAAGCCCAAGGAGGAGAAUGCUGGGGACACGAGAGCAGCAGGAAAACCCAGGACCAAAUCUGUUCCGUCGGUGACGUCGGAGACCGUCAGCGAGACGCCCAUCACAGGACCCAUUGUUCAGAGGACUGUGGUGGCGGAAACUGUGGGAUCAUUCAUUGAUGCAGAUGGCAACAAGGUGUGGAUCUGCCCGUCGUGUAAGAUGCAGGACGAUGGCAGCCCGAUGAUUGGCUGCGACACAUGCGACGACUGGUACCACUGGACGUGCAUGAGCAUCACCGAGGAACCCAAGGAGGACGAUUGGUACUGUCCUCGAUGUCAGGAGAUCAGAGCCCGAGCCCCGAAGGGAGGAAAAAACAAGGAGGGAAAACCCAAGGGGAAAAAAAGGGGACGCAAGAAAAAAAUCUAAGGCAGCUUCUAGUAACAUGGACUCAAUGUUGCUUGUUAUCAGAUAAUUAUCAUGUAUAUAUUUUAUUUGCUCAACCGUGGUCUGUACAGUAGCUUUGUAAAGCUUUGAUGAUAAAUUGUCAAAGUGCU